AUGGGGAAUGGCUANUAUAUCCAUGGUUGGAUUAAUACACUUGUAUCUCUUAACAUCAAAGAGUUGACUUUAAGUAUUGAUACACCUGACGAUGGUUACAACACUUUGCCUGAAGCAAUCUUUGUUGCAAAAGAACUAAAUGUUCUUAAUUUACAGGGAUUUAAGCUUGAAUUGCCCCACAAUGGCAUAAAGUUUUCGUCUUUGAGAGUGUUACACCUCUCUAAGACACUUUUGAGCGACCACUUUAUUCGAGCUGUAUGUGAAAGUUGCAGUGACUUAGAGGAUUUAAAGAUAAAUGAAUGUCGCGGACUAGCCAGUUUACAAAUUGGAGGAACUUUAUCCAAACUGAGGAGUGUUUGGUUGGAUUGUCUUUAUGAUUUACAGAUGGUUGAUAUUGUAGCAUCCAAUCUUGAAAAUCUUCACAUUGAUUGGAUGUUGGAAGUAAUUGGAAUAACUGCUUGCAAAUCAUUGAAAAGAUUGUACCUUCAUCAUGUGGGUGUCACCGAUGAAGUGUUACAGGACAUAUUUUCAAGUGAUCUACCCAAUCUUGAAGACUUGUGCUUACUCAGUUGCAGUGAAUUGAAGACAAUCAAGAUUUCAAGUGACCGGCUUGAGAAUCUUGAUGUAUCAUUUUGCUCUAAUCUGAUUGAUAUUGAACUGGAUACUCUUAACUUAACAAGCUUCUCUUAUGCUUAUUGUAUUAAUCAGCUGCCUACACUCAAAUUGAAAGCUUCAGCCUUUCUAAAAGUGCAACUAUUCUUGUACCGGGGAGAGACACUUGAUAGUCAUUGGUACUCCGAGCUCAUGAGAUUUCUUGGAUGCUUCAAGCAAUCAAAGGGUAUUGUGUUAGGGUGCGACAGUGAAAAGGCGAUAGUUAUACCAAAGAACACGAGAAAAAACUUGGUUCCUCCACUCUCUGAUACUGAUUGUUUGUAUAUAGAAUUUAGAAGUGCUGCAGAGAAUUACUCAGUUUAG